ACAACUUCCCUUCAUUCUCUCUCUCACUUAUCCGCCAAAUGAUUUCGUUAACCGCCGCGAGAUUUUCCAGUGUACCUACAUUCUUCAUUCUCUCUCCUUCCUCUUCUCCCUUCAUCUUCGUCGGAGCACGCCGGAGACCAUCGCCGCCGAUGAGAACAGUAGCCGCCGACGCCAGAAUGGGAGGAGGAGCGAAGUUCGACGGUCCGGUUCCAGUAUCUGGCGACAUUGAGGAGAACGACGUCGUUUUUGAGCACUGCGUCACGCGGACUCUUCCCCCUGCUGUGACUUUGGAGGAAGGCCUUCGGAAAAUCAAGGAUGCCGUUGAGACGCUGAAGCUUUCGCCGCCUCGUAGCUCCACCGGAUUCCUUAGGUUUCAGGUGGCUGUGCCUCCAAGUCCUAAGGCAUUGAAUUGGUUUUGUAGUCAACCGGAGUUGUCCGGAGUGUAUCCUCUUAUAUACCUGUCAAAGAAUGUUGACAAUCCAACCUUGAAAUCGCUGUAUGUGAAUGGAAGCCGUGGUCUCUUUGGCAUUGGCUCUGCUGUGUCUUUUUCACGUUCAUCCAGUGGAAAGCCUAGUAUGAUCAAAAGGUACAUCUCUUCUGAUUCAACACAUAUAGUGGCCUACGGUUUUGUGGAUAUUAAUUUUGAUAGUGACUCGAUUUCCAUGAAUAUUGAGGAUGGUUCUUUUUAUUUUUUCAUUCCUGAGAUUGAGUUAGAUGAGUUGGAGUGCAUUUCCAUUUUGACAGUGACACUAGCAUGGAAUGACUUUUCCCUCUCCACUUUUGAGGAAGCCCUUCAUUCACUUGAAAUUUCUCUAAACCAGAUUAUAUGUUAUACCUGGUCUGGUAGUGACACAUUGAAACUAAAAAGCGUAAGAUCUGGCCUCAGAAAACUGAAUUUGGUAGAAGAUAGAGCUAUUGCAAGGGUCUACAUGAACACUAUCACACCUGGAAGAAGAGAAAGCGUGGUUGACAUCUUGGAACUGAAAGAGUCUCCAUCUUCCAGUCAAUUCUGUGUCAGGCUUUCAGCAACCCAUGCCGUUUCACAUAACAUGUUGGAUCAAUCCAAUAAAUUAUCAUCCUCACUAAUUGAGUGCGCCAAUAUCAAUGCUGUAUGGGCAUCAUUAAUUGUUGAAGAAUGCUCAAGGCUGGGUUUGACGUAUUUUUGUGUAGCACCUGGAUCUCGGUCUUCCCCUCUUGCUGUUGCUGCUUCAAGUCACAAGUUAAUCACAUGUAUUUCAUGCUUUGAUGAGCGUUCACUUGCUUUUCAUGCUGUUGGAUAUGCAAGAGGGUCUCACGUGCCAGCAGUAGUCAUCACAUCAUCUGGAACUGCAGUUUCAAACCUUCUUCCUGCGGUUGUGGAGGCUAGUCAAGAUUUUGUACCACUUCUUUUACUUACAGCAGAUCGACCUCCAGAGCUGCUAGAUUGUGGAGCUAACCAGGCAAUUGAUCAGGUGAACCAUUUUGGUGUUUAUGUGAGAUAUUUCUUCAAUCUUCCUGCACCAACAGACCAAAUUCCUACGAAUAUGGUACUUACCACUCUUGAUUCUGCUAUACAUCGGGCAAUAACUUCACCGUGUGGUCCUGUGCAUAUUAACUGCCCUUUCAGAGAGCCUUUGGAGAGCAGUCCACGUAAAUGGAGGUUAAGCUGUUUAAACGGGCUGGACCUCUGGAUCAGUAAUGCUGAACCAUUUACCAAGUACAUUCAUAUGCGACCAUCUUGUAUAGAUGCUGUAGGAGAAAUGAUGGAAGUUAUAGGCCUGAUGCAAAAAGGCAAACAUGGUCUUAUAUUAUUUGGUGCAAUCCAUACAGAGGAUGAGAUGUGGGCUGCGCUGCUUUUGGCUAAACACCUCUGUUGGCCUGUUUUUGCUGAUAUUUUGUCAGGGUUGCGCUUGAAAAAGAUCUUAACUUCUUUUCCUGAUAUUGAAAGAAACUUUUUAUUUAUUGAUAAUCUUGAUCAUGCUCUACUCUCAGAUUCUGUCAAGGGCUUUUUGGAGAUUGAUGUGGUUAUUCAGUUGGGAAGUAGGAUAACUAGCAAACGAGUUGGUCAAAUUCUAGAGGAGCGUGCUCCUUUUCCAUAUAUUGUGGUUGACAAGCAUCCACUUCGUCAUGAUCCAUCACAUAUUGUAACCCACCGGAUACAAACUACCAUUGUUGAUUUUGUGGGUUUUUUAAUUAAGGCUGAAUUCCCCCAUACAGAGCGCAUAUGGAGCACUUCAUUACAACUGUUGAGUAAAAUGGUCGAAUGGGAGAUACUGUUUCAAAUCAAUGCUGAGUGCUCCCUAACUGAACCUUAUGUGGCACAUAUGAUGUCAGAUGCUCUUUCUUCUGAGUCUGCUCUUUUCCUUGGCAACAGUAUGCCCAUUCGUGAUGUAGAUAUGUAUGGACUUGGUUGGUCUACAAGCAACCCAAUUGUUGCAUCUAUCAUGUUAAACUCAGACCUACCAGUUAACUUGAUGAGGGUGGCUGGUAACAGGGGGGCUAGUGGUAUUGAUGGAUUACUUAGCACGGCCAUUGGGUUUGCCGUGGGAAGCAAUAAAAGGGUGUUCUGUUUAGUUGGAGACAUUUCUUUAUUGCAUGAUACAAACAGUUUGGCAAUUUUGUAUCAAAGGAAAUUACGGAAACCAAUGACCAUUUUUGUGGUAAAUAAUCACGGAGGAGCAAUUUUCAGUCUUCUUCCAUUGGCAGAUAAAGUUGAGCCUAGUAUCCUUCAUCAAUACUUCUAUACCUCUCAUAACAUAUUUAUCCAAGGGCUAUGCAUGGCACAUGGAAUCAAACAUUUGCACGUGAAGACCAAGGCAGAAUUUGAAGAUGCUUUACGUUUAGCUCAACAUGAGCAAGUGGAUUGUAUGGUUGAAAUUGAUAGUUCAAUCGAUGCCAAUGCUAAUUUUCACAGUCUUUUGAGAAAACACUCUCUGGUUGCUGUGAAAGAUGCUAUGAGGUACAUCCCAAAUCCCGGUGCUAUUAAAGAUCAGCAUUAUUUGUACAAAAUUCGUACAAUGGAGUGUUUGAGAUAUAGAUUUGCACUAAGUGCACCACCAACAUCAGCAUCUGUUGGUGAUAAUCAUGAUGAAUUCUAUAGAGAAGGAUUUAUCAUAUCUUUAAUUCUUGAAGAUGGAAGUGUUGGUUUUGGUGAGGUUGCUCCGAUUGAGAUCCACAGAGAAAAUUUGGUAGAUGCAGAAUAUCAACUUAGGUUUCUUGUUCAUAUCAUGCAAGAAGUUAAUAUUAGUUGCUUCCUCUCUCUAUUGAAGGGCACAUUUUCAUAUUGGAUUUGGAAUGAGUUGGGAAUUGUGCCAUCUUCUAUUUUUCCUAGUGUUAGAUGUGGUUUGGAAAUGGCUAUCCUCAAUGCCAUAGCUGCUGCAAAGGGCUCCAACUUGUUGAACCUACUUCAUCCUCCUAUAAGUGAAAAAGAUGAAUGUGAAACAUCAUCAGUUCAGGUUUGUGCACUACUUGAUUCAAAUGGAUCUCCAACAGACGUUGCUAACGUUGCUGCCACAUUAGUCGAGGAAGGAUUUUCUGCAAUCAAACUGAAGGUAGCACGUCGGUAUAACCCAACGCAAGAUGCCAUGGUAAUAAAAGAGGUGCGAAAGAAAGUCGGAUGCCAGAUAAUCAUACGAGCCGAUGCAAAUCGGAAGUGGACUUAUGAAGAAGCUAUGGAGUUCAGUUCUUUGGUUAAGGAUUGCAACUUACAGUUUAUUGAGGAGCCUGUUCAGGAUGAAGACGAUAUAGUCAAGUUCUGUGAAGAAAGUGGCUUACCUGUUGCACUAGAUGAGACCAUAGAUAAAAUUCAAGAAAAUCCCCUGGGAACGCUAGUAAAAUUUACUCAUCCGGGAAUAGUUGCUGUUGUUAUCAAACCAAGUGUUGUUGGGGGUUUUGAGAAUGCUGCAUUAAUUGGACGAUGGGCACACCAGCUGGGGAAGAUGGCUGUUGUCAGUGCUGCAUUUGAAAGCAGUCUAAGUCUAUCUGCGUAUGCACAGUUUUCUAGUUAUCUUGAUAUGCUAAGUUUUGAUACAGUGAACAAGUUACAUGGUAAGAAAGUUCCUUCUGUAGCCCAUGGUCUUGGAACCUACCGUUGGCUAAAGGAAGAUGCAACAAUUAAUCCAGUUUUAAUUGGCCGUAAUCCACAUAGUGGUAUUGUUGAAGCAUCUGUACCAAAUGCUAGUAGGCUGCUACAUAAUUUCCAAAUCAACCAAAAUGUCAUAUGUGAUAUUAUUGAUGAGGAGCAAGUUCUUAAAUACCAACUGAAAUUAGAGCUUAGUAGUUUAUCUUGUUCUUUUGAGGUUCAAGAAACUGGCCAAAAAACAAAUGACAAUGUACUAGUAUUUCUUCAUGGUUUCCUUGGAGCUGGUGAAGAUUGGAGUCCUAUCAUGAAGAGCUUUUCUGGAUCAGCAAGAUGCAUCUCAGUGGAUCUUCCUGGUCAUGGAAAAUCAAUAAUACAUGGUGUGAAUGAUGCUUGUGAGGAACCAUUGUUGUCAAUGGAAAUAAUAGCUAAUAUAUUCCAUCAACUAUUACAUCAUAUAACUCCAGGAAAAGUUACACUAGUUGGGUAUUCGAUGGGUGCUAGGAUUGCAUUGUAUCUUGCACUCAGAUUCAGUAGUAAGAUAAAAGGAGCUGUGUUAAUAUCUGGAAGCCCUGGAUUAAAAGAUAAAUUAUCACAAAAAAUCCGCGCAGCUAAAGAUGACUCCAGAGCAAGUUCUAUCAUUUCUCAUGGUUUAGAAUCUUUUCUCAAUUCCUGGUAUGCAGCAGAUCUGUGGAAAAGCUUAAGAAGCCAUCCUCACUUCACACGAAUCACUGCUAAUCGCUUGCAACAUGAAGACCUGCAGAGUCUUGCCAAGAUGUUGUCUGGAUUAAGCAUAGGAAGGCAGCCAUCGUUGUGGAAAGAUCUGCCAAAUUGCAGAACACCUCUUCUUAUCAUACACGGAGAAAAGGAUGCAAAAUUUAAGAAAAUUGCUCAAGAAAUUAUGAACACAGUCCGUUCCGGAGUGGGGAGCAAUCAAGAAAAAGUGAAUAUAGACAUCCAUGAGGUGGUUGAGAUUCCGAACUGUGGCCAUGCUGUCCAUUUGGAGAACCCGCUUCCUGUAGUUUCCGCCUUGAGACGAUUCCUAACUACACUCUGAAAGCAACCCCAUUUGCCUUAUUUACACAAAGUUCUCCAUGGAGCACAAAGGAUUUUUAAAAUGUUGCAAUCAUCUUGGACUUCACAUUUAAUACUCAUGUUUGUUGGUACCCUGGGAUACCAAACCCUGUAAAAGAUAUCAUAUGCACAAUUUUAAUAUAAUUAGAG